AUGGCUGCCCAUGGCGGCCUGGCUGCCCUCUUCUCCUGCGCGCUCACGUACCCGCUGGACUCCAUCAAGUCCCGGAUACAAGCGGGGCUGCCGUUGCUGCCGAGCUCAGGGGUCGGCGGCCUCUUCUCGGGCCUGACGUUCAACCUGCUCCGGGAGGUGCCGAACCAG